AUGGAUCAAAAUACUUCAAUAGACAAUGGUGUCGCGUCCGACGACGAUCACGGAUCCAACACAAUCGACGUGGAGGAGCCCGCGGCGGAAGAACCAAAGGCGACAACACCUCCAAGUAUGAAUCAUGGGAAGCGAAUAUUGACCUCCAUGCAACCGGAACUUACGAUAAAAACCCCAAAUGCCCAGUUCUUUGGCUCGAUGCCCCGAUCCGAUGAGGAUGCCCCUCAAUCUGUCAUUCAUGCUCCGGCAGGCUUUGGCGAAUUUAUUGGGAAAAGCGGCCCAAAUCAGAUCCAUCGCCAGAAUGACGGACAACACACCUCGGUCAUCGGCGAUGCGGAUAUCAAAGAGACGAUAGUCAGCAACGAUAGAGUAGCGGACAAGAAGUCCGUCAAUAGCCCUGCAUCCCCACCUCCACUUACGACAACCAUCCCUCCAGCAAAUGACUGGUCAGAUAGAGCAACACCUCGCGCGCAGACGCGGCAGGAAAUCGAAGAUCUUGAUCGGCGCCAUUCUACCAGUCUCGAGGAUAUACCUGAGGGCAACGAUACCGACAUAUCAGUAACCUCGGCUACAUCCAACUCACCAAUAGCAAUGAUAACGGUCAAUGCAGACCCAACACCUAGAAAGAUAUUCUCAUUUUCAAGUCCAGGCAUUCAGACUCGGAGAGACGAGACUGCCGCUUUGUGGACAGCGCUUGACGAGUGCUGGACUUUUUGUAAUACGUUAGCUAAUUUGAGCUCUAAUCAUCGCGAACGUCUAUUCAAUUCGACGAGCAAAGGAGAUAUGCAGGAGCUAGCAUGGAAAUCCUGCUGGAAACUAUGUCGAAAAUUAUACGAGGGUCGAGAGGAUGACUAUGCGUCGCAAGUCGACCCUACAUUGGACUUGUGCCGGGACUUUUGUCAGGCCUUGUUCGAAGUCCGCGCUCGAGAGAACGAAGACGCAGACUCUGUAUUGCGAGUCAGCUUUGAGCUUAACAAUCACCUUUACAAUGCUAGCGAUCACAAUUUACCUCCGAUGUUCCGGGAGCGCACCCUUGAUUUCUACAUAACGCUGUGCCAUCGGCUCAUGAAACAGCGGAUGCACCUUGAGGAAGAGACGGAUUCGCUACUGCAUGCUUGCUGGUCAUUGGCUGAGAUGCUCUUUAGUAUUCGGCAAAGCAAGCGGGAGGGCAAGAACCCUGACGAGGAACUUUUGGGGUCGGCCAUUCAAGCUUGCUGGGAGCUUUGCGAUCUCUUCCGUGAAGGAUGGACGCAGAUUCGGCCAGAUCGAGGAACCCCUAGGCCGAGUCAAAUCAGCUUUUCCGAGGCGAUGCAGAAAGCCAGAGAAACGCCGGUGAUGAUGGUGGAUGAGGACUCGGCCUCUCAAUUGAACCCCGAGACACCGACUACAAUCUUUGAGGACACUGCAACGAUCUCGCCAGAUGAUGCACCGAUUCCUAACAUUCUCGUGCUUGGACAUGCCCAGGCGGUCCAAGCCAGUCAAAACAAGUGGUCUUCCAGCUCAUCGACGUUGUCAGGCCGGUCACGUACAUCCGAGCAUACUUCAUCGACCAACACAGUGGUGACGUCGGCCGAGGAUCCGAAUAUCAUCCGGUUGAAGCUUCUCAUAACCAAAGCAGCCAUGGACACGGGAUAUCAACGAGGUAGUAAUCAGACGCUAUCUUCAUUCAGCAAAUCCCUUUCGUCAGAUUCCUUCGGCUCGCUGCCAUGGCAAGUGUCACUGCUCGAACAAUAUAAAAAGCUAGUCACCACCGACGCUGCCUUUAGGGUCAUCGGAGCACCAGGUCUUGCAGGGGCCGUGGACGUCGCACGAGCGGUGCAAUCGAUGGUACAAAACGGGCAAUAUACGUGGUUACGAGAUCUGUACAGACUUGUAUUUGGAUUCCACGUUGAGGAGGCUGUUGGACGACGAAAUGUGACUAUACAGACAUGA